AAUAUAUUAAUUAAUUGAGUUGUUAAUUUCGAUUUUAAAAUUUCUCUUUCUUAUUUAGAUUUGCAAAAAGACUUUAAGUUAAAAAAUGAACUCAUUAUAAAAUGUAAAAGUAAAUUUUCAUUCUUAAUUUCAUACCGAAAAAUACUUCGUUCACACUCUAGAAGAUAUUAAUUUCAAUGAAAAUUUGCAUAAAAUUUAAGUAGAGAUAACUAUCAAAAAACUUCAAAACCACAAUAUUUAGUAAUGCGUUGUCUGCAAGGAUAAUUUGAUUAGUUUUUUGAGGAAAUAAAAAACGAAUAUUUUUGCAAUUUAAUUCAAUGUAUUUGAUUUUUAUUUAGUUCGAAUGCUUUUAGAAGAUAAUUAAAUAGCUGAUACCUUUAGAUAGUUACAUUUAAAAGAACUUACUAUUAAAUGUGUUAGAAUUGAAUUGAAUUUACUAAAAUAAAUAUUUGAUUUGGCUAUUCACACAUUUAGCUCUAUUGAUACUAUUUCUAUCGAAAUAGCCUUUUCUAAAUUUGAUAAAGAAUAAAUUUCUCUGUUGAGUGCAAUUAGGUAUUUAUCAAAUCUUAAAAGCUUUUCUUUAAAGCUUAAGUAAAUAGAUUGGCCUUUGAGCUAGCUUAUUGAGCUAUUUGAGAAAGAUAUUGGAUCUAUUUUGCUAAAUAUUUCAAAAAUUUAGAUAAGUCUGAAUAAAAUAAACUUUUCUAAAGAAAAAUCAGACAUAUUUAAAGUUUUUUAAUUAAAUAAAUUAGAUAAUUUGCAAGAAUUUAGCCUUUCUUUAGAUUAUAUUACUGGAAACAUUUUGUUUCCUUCUGAUUUUUUGAAAAACGCUUUAAAUUUAAAGUCUUUUUGUAUGUAAAUUAGCUAUGGAUAAUUUAUUCAUGAAAUAAUAUAAACUUUAAAGAAUGUUAGCUGUAUAGACUAAUUGUAAUAGUUUUCCCUUAAGCUGUUAGAGUGUGAAAUACCUGCAAAAUUGGCAGUGGAUUUAGCUUAUUCUCUUAAAAGCUUAAAAAAUUUAGAAUCUCUGGAUUUGAAAUUUGUUCCUUAAAAAAUAACAAUGAAAACUCAAAUUCUGAAGCCUUUAUUUUCUGAAUAUGAAUAAAUAAUGAGUAAUUUGGUGCUUCAAAAUAGAAAUUUGCAAAAUCUUUGCUUAAACUUGGAAAGUGAAUCAACUAAAACAAUGCUUGAUGCUGUAGGAUUUUAUGAAAAUAUUUAGUUUACUGAUUUUUUCAAUAAUAAGAGUUACCCUAACUUAAAGGAAAUAAAAUACAUAGACUGCAGUUAUAGUGGAGUUAACAGAUAUAAUGCAACAAGCUUAAUUGAUUAUAAUAUGUUUUAACACCAAAAAAAUUAAAACUUACUUGAGUUUUUGUACAGAAAUAAACAAAUAAUUCUACUACAAAUAUCUGAAACCCUAGUAAAUAGCUAAUAUAUAAAAGAAUUUUCUAAUUGUGUCUGCAAAAUGAAGAAUUUAAAAACAUUGGAAAUAGAAUUUAGAGAGAUUUCUUCUGAUGCCAUUUUUAGUGCAAAUGAUUAUCAAAAUUUAUUCAGCUAAAUGAAUAGCUUAGAAUUUGUUAAACUUAAAGUGACUGACCUUAGAAAAUACUAAAAUUUGUUUGCUAAUAAAAAUAUUAAAUAACUGACCCUCAAACAGUAUAGUUAAUUCAUAAAAUUAGAAAAUUUUAUAUUAUAAUUUAAGGUGCAGAAACUGAUCAACAGCUAAAAAGCUAUAAUAGGAAAAUUAGAUAAAGAUUAGAAUUACAGAUCUGAAGAAUUCACCAAAAUUAUUGUAUUAGAGGAAGGUGGAAAUGAUUACUUUUAGCUGCUUGAUUGCAUAGUCAUUGAUAAUUCAAAUAGAAUAUAGUAUUUCAAUGAUAAAAAACAUGCAUUUUACAAUUUUAUUUUAUUCUACAAGUUCUUGUACCAUUAAAUAUAGUACAGUCCCUAAUAAACUCUUUAUGAUUUAUACGAAUAAUGAGAGAAUAAUCUAUAAUAAAUUGAUAUUCGCUUUUGAAUCAAUUGGAUUUCAAUAAAUUAGAAUAGCAAUAAA